UCGAAUUAUCUUUAACAUUUGAUAAACUUUUGACCAAGAAAUGUUUAUUAAUCUCGUUUUAUAUUAUCAAAGUAUCAGUAAUUAUGUUUGAUAGGGAAGAUGUACUCUAUUCUCUCUUUCUCGACCCUGAUCUGGUCAGUAAUUCAGUUAAUCAAUGAAGGAUAAUCAGAGGCCAACACCGGAGGUUACCUGAAGGAGUACACGCCGAGGUCCUCCCCUCCCGACGCUACACACCAACACACUCUUCGAUGUGAAAGACGGCGUUGCAAUCUUACCUGUUAGAGGAAGAAUGGCUGGGCUGGAGCUAGUCUUGUGUCUGCUGGUGGUCAGCAUCUUGUGGGGAGUGACUAACCCCCUGCUGAAGCGGGCAAGUGUUGGUAUUGAGGAUAUACAAAUGUCAAAUCCUCUUUUGCAGACCUUGUAUGAAGUGAAGUUCCUUGCCAGUCGGUUUAGUUAUGUGUUUCCAUUCCUGCUGAACCAACUAGGCAGUGUGCUCUUUGUAUAUCUGCUUGGUGCAGCAGACCUGUCUCUUGCAGUCCCUAUAAGUAACAGCCUUACUUUCCUUGUUACUACUGUAGCAGGUCACUGUCUAGGGGAGGAGACCACAAGUAGAAUGACUUGGGUUGGAGCAGGUUUAGUGUGUGCUGGUGUUACAUUGUGUGUAGCAGAUAAAGCCCAGUAGUAGAAUGGUUGUGAUUCUUGUGUAUAUAUUGUCAAAAGUGAAAUUUGAAGUUUAGAAAUGUUUGGCAGAUAUGAACGUAGAUUGUAAUAGACUUAGAUUUUAAAAAAGUAGAAAGAUGGUGCUGGUGUAAAUAUGAGUAGGGACUGGCUAGUACAAGAGAUGAAAUUAGUGAACUAAAUACUGUUCAUGGACUGAAAUUUGGUUAGGAAUUUUUGAAACUGUUUGAUAAGUUUUGAUAAAUUUUGUUGAUUCAUUUGAAAUGCAAUAUUUUCAGGGAUAAAAAAAAAUGUAUUAGAUAUUUUUAUGGGAAGGAAAAAACAGUUGCUUUCAGUCCCAUGUAUGAGAAGUAAUAUACUCAUUAUUUGUUAUCACUACUGAUGAAUCAUGUAAUAUGUUUCAUUUAGUGUUUGGUGAAUAGUUGAUGUUUGUGAUAUGAAUUUUCUGUGAACUGUUCCUGUUCGGUGUUUCAGUAUGUGUAAUAUUAUUUAGUAUAAUAUGUUACACACAAUGUUUGUACCUUGUUAUGCAUACAUAAGUAAUAAGGGUUUUGCUCUGAGCACCAUUUGAUUCUCAUGAUGUUAUUUAUUAUUUAAGCCUUUGUAUAUUGCUAUAUUUUGUUAUAAUACUCAAUGAAGUUAUAUUGUUGAUCCAACAGAAUAUAUUUCACAGUAAGUUGGGUAAAUAGGGGUGAGUUUGUCAACAUCAUUGUUGUUAAAUAAAUGGUAUCAGAUGAAA